GCAAUGCAAAAAGCCCUUGGAAUACUUGGCAUUAACUGCUACCACGGGGCAGAUAUGUUCGUUUCCUUGCCCAUUGAAUUCCAGCUCUGGAGUCAUCUACUCGGGGCCAAGUUCUCCUAUAGAAACGACAGUUUCCAUCGCGAGCGAAGAAUCUGGGAUCGCCUUCUUGGCAAUUUCAACGGGGUAUCUGACAUCCCCUGUAUUGCUUUCGCGGAAGAGCUGCGCGAAGUGUACCCCGACGCGAAAGUGAUUCUCGUCUCGCGCGACGUGGAGUCAUGGAAACAGAGCUUCAUGAGCGUUGUGGGGACUGUAAUGAACGAUAGGAAGAUCGUGUGGCUAGCAUGGUACCUUAGGAUUGACCGUUGGCGAUUCAGUCCGUUCAGAGAGGUCCUCAAAUUAUCGAUAGAAGGACUCUUUGGUGGGACCUCGAUAGAGCACAUCAAUGACAACGCGGUAAGAACAUACCGGGAGCAUUAUGACCUUGUGCGGAGGAUUACGCCACCCGAGCAACUGCUCGAAUAUGAAUUAGGGAGUGGAUGGGAGCCUCUGUGCAAGUUCUUAGGAAAGCCGGUCCCAAGUGAGCCGUUCCCACGGAUCAAUGAUCGCGAGUCACUCCAGAAAUCAUUUCACCAGGGGAUGCGUAUUGAGCUCCUGAAAUGGGUGGGAGUUGCUGCUGCUGCGGUGGGAGGAUCAGUUUUGCUAGUCUGCAAAGGAAGGGAUUUAUUUGAUUUGGUUUUUGCACGCGUCCGUUAG